GGCGCUGCGGCAGGAAGCACCGCCCCGCCCGGCAUGAGCGGCGCUUCGGCUGCCGGCGGGCCCCGGCCUCGCGGGGGCGGGCUGCGGGCGUACCCGGCGCUGCCGGUGUGGGUGGUGGAAGACCACCAGGACCAUUGAGUGAACAUCUCCAGCAGAGGAUGAGGGCAGUGGGCAAAGUACAUCCAUUCAAGUCAUGUGCUGCCUUUCAUCUAUCGUGCCAUUGGUUCAAAGCAUCUGCCUGCCAGUAACAUCAGCUUUGUUCACCUUGAUUCCCACCCAGACCUCCUUAUCCCCGUGAAUAUGCCUGCAGACACCGUGUUUGACAAAGAAGCACUUUUUAGUGAGCUAAGUAUUGAGAACUGGAUUAUGCCUGCUGUUUAUGCUGGCCAUAUUUCUCAAGUGCUGUGGCUUCACCCGCCAUGGGCUCAGCAGAUAUUGGAGGGAAAACACAAUUUUUUAGUUGGGAAAGAUGUAUCAACAACUACAAUCAGGGUUACAGGUACAGAUCAUUACUUUUUAAGUGAUGGACUUUAUGUCCCCACUGAUCAGCUAGAAAAUCCGAAGCCUUUAAAUUUACAUGUCAUUCUCAUUAAUCCUACUGAGGCAUCAAACAGCCAGGAAGAAAAUGACAAAGUAGCAUCUGCUAAGAGACUGAAGCUAAAUACAGAUGACACAGCAAACGCUGCUGCUACCUCUUCAUCAGUGGCUCCUGGUAACCACGAUAGCAACUCCUCAAGUGUGAAGAACAAGGAAGUACAACAUGAAAGUGCCCUGAACGGGGCAAAAAUGCUGCCAGAAUGCUCAGCUUCAAGCUCCCUAAGAAACAGUGAAUGUCCAAUAAGGGAGAUUUCUAAAGAUAUCUGCCAAGUUCUUCAGAAAGGGGAUGCAUUUGUUUUAGACAUUGACUUAGAUUUUUUUUCAGUUAAGAAUCCAUUCAAAGAGAUGUACACAAAGACAGAAUAUGAGCUGUUACAAGAGUUGUACAAUUUCAAGAAACCUCAUAGAAAUGCAACAGAGGAGGAUUUACUGGAUUGUGUUGAAAACCGUGUCCAUCAGCUAGAAGAUCUAGAAGCAGCAUUUGCAGAUUUUUGUGACAAUGAUGAUGAAGAGACCUUACAGAAGUGGGCUUCAUAUCCUGGAUUGAAGCCCCUUGUUCAACUAGUACACAGCUUGAAAAGCAGAAUGGAGAGCCCAGACUAUGAAAUGGUCCAUCAGGCUGGUCUGACCUGUGAUUAUGUGGAACUUCCCCACCAUGUUAGCACCAAAGAGGAGAUUGAAGGCCUCUUAGAGUCCGUCAUGGUUCUCCUGAAAAACAUGCCUAAGCCCACGCUUGUGACAAUUGCUCGAUCAAGUCUGGAUGACUAUUGCCCUUCAGAGCAGGUUGACAUCAUUCAAGAGAAGGUUCUCAGUUUACUAGGUUUGGUGUAUGGUUCUCUGGACGUGCACUUAGAUUACUCAAACAACUCAUCUUUGUGAACUUUCUUCAUGCAUUGCUCUCUAAUGCAGUAGAUGAAUUUAAAUUGCGUAUUAGCUGUUAUUUCAGCAGGUGGCACUAGAACCCAAGCUGACCAAGAGUCUAAAUUGCACUGCUUUUUCCAAACCAGCUGCAUCUGAACUAUUACCAAUUUAGGAUAGUUCAGAUGGUUCUGUGAUUCUUAUUUUUCUGUCUUGCUUAUUCUUAAAAUUGAUGCAAGAUAAACUAUCCUUUGUCCACAUAAUGUAUUUUUCCACCCAAUUUCUCUAAGUAUGUUUAGAAAAGUAAAUUUUAAAACUAAAUGGAUUUCUGUUUUGUGCUUAAACUUUUUUGAUGGAGUUCAGCAAGUAACAGAUUUCUUCCUGGCUUACAUUGUACUUUUCAAAAAAUAAUCUCAAAAAUGCCAUCAAAACCUUAAGUUUGCAUAAGGAUCUCUCCUAACUGCUGUGCUUGAGAGUUUCAGGCCCAGCCCUCACAUUUCCCUAGAGCAGCUUAUGACUUCUGGCCCAUCCACAGAAUACUAUUUAUAACAUACAUUACUAUUGUUUAUUUUUGUUCUAGAGUAUUUCACUGGUGACUCAGAAAAUACGCCCAAUGUACAGACACUGGCUUGGUCCAAGAACAGUGUAGAUACCUCUGUAAAUUGAUUUUUUUCCUUCUUUCUGAACUCUGCUGAACAAGUAAAAAAUAAAUGUAAAUGAGGAAAGAAAGCAGCCAGAGUUCCUCUGGGUUUCAUUGACAAUGUAAAGAACAUGCUGCUGAUUGUAUUUCUGCUGUUGUACUUAGUGCCAGCAAAUCUCUAUGAAGAAUUUUUUGUUUCACAAUAACAAACUGUUGCAAACUUUAGCUAACGCACUCCACAUAACAGUAAUUAUAAAUGCAUACAAGUUGUUUUGGUUUGGUCUUGGUUUUUUGUGCAUUGUAUUUUUUCUUUGUUUUUGCUUUCUUAAGCUAAAGCACCUGGAAGCUCCAAAGAAAGACAGGGAAUAUGCUGCAUAUCCUAGAAGAUUGAUUACUGCAAAGUCAUAGUCUGUAGUAAAUUAGAAUACAGAAAAUCCUAGUAACUAUUAGGAGAAAGUGUUUUACCAGCCUUGAAAGCCAAUAAAUCAAAUGGAUAGACUAAUGUAAUGACUAAUACAGCACUAUUAGGAAGCACGAUAUGGUGAUAAUUAGAUAGUUAGGAAAAGUAUGGAAAAAAAGACAGGAGAGAGGAGUGAGGAGGAGAGAAAGCAAUGGUAAAAAAUUGUUAUAACUUAUGUAUCACAUAAGUAAAAGGCAACAAACUAAAAGAAAAAAGGCUUUCUCACAUCUGACCUCUUUACUAUUGAACUUAACGUUCACCAUCUACGGAUUUCCAUGAGAGCAGAGAAAGGCCCAGAAAACAAAUGAGUAACUACAGAAGACACGAGGCAUAAAGAAGAUUAAACCAUAAGAAGAAAGGCCUAUUGUGUGCAUCCUUCUGCUAUGGAAAACAACUUUUCCAUAUGAUUGCUGCUUCUUGGUAAACUCACUGGUACCUACUGGCUUUUUGUAGCCCUUGACUGUCUUAACCUGCUCCAGUAUUAACUAAUUCAGUGAAUGGCUGAAGUUGGAAAAGAACUCUGGAAGUCAUCUUCUCCAAACGCCCUGCCCUGUUCAAGCAGAUCACCCAGGAGCUUGUCCAGAUGGCUACUGAACUUCCUUGGAGAUCUUCAAAAGGAUUAGAAUUACUGGACCUAUGGACUAAUGCCUGAAAUAAUACCAUCCUGCUUUAUUUUUCUAUAUUACACUUCUUCUAUAUGUCCCCAAAGACUAUGUAACCCCUUGAAAGUGAGCAAAGAGAGACAGAUCCCCACAGGAUAACCUGUGUGCCCAGUCUGAGUUGAAGAACUGUCCUGAGGCAAGUUGUUUUCUCUUCUGGUAAUAUUAGGUGUUAAGGAAGACAAUUCUCCUGCUUUUAAGUUCUUCGGUCAAUGCCUAAAAUCUGGUUGAUGGAUUCUACUCUUAUAAAUAGAAUAUAUUAAACAGCUUUUGCUUAGA